AACUGCAGGGAGAAACUCACACUGCGUUAGGGUUUAGUUGAUGAAUGAACACUCGGUGUGCCCAGUGAUGGGCAGAGUGAGCUGGGAGAGCGGACUAAACCGGCGUCCUGAGCCGAAACGCUGCGCUCCAGCUCCGUGUGGCUUUCAUUCAGCACUGUGUGGAGUUUACCGGAGCUGAUCGCGGAUCUCUAUCGAUUAUUCGGUCUGAAUAAACCCCGCCUGGUGGUCGCGUGCGCUCGCUCUGUAGCGGCUGAUCGCUGAGGCGCAGCUGGGAGUUCUAAAAGAGAGAGCAAACUUUGCGCGUGAACUUUCUUGGCCGAGCGCAUGCGCACACCGCUGACUCUGAAUUAACCACAACGCCUGAUUACGUCAUGUAAAAGCGGCGAUUUUUAUUGAUAUGUUAAAAAAACCGAGGACGUUAUCGGUUUUAAACAGGAACUGCUGGACUUGUUGUUUUGCUUUGUGGCUGUAACAGCGUGCUGGGGUUUGUUUGUGUGCGCGCGCAAUUUUAAUUACUUAACCCCAGAAGUGAGGAAACCGGAGAGACAGACAGACAGACAGACAGAGAGUGUGUAUGUGAGUGUGUGUGAGUAUGUGAGAGUGUGUGUGUGAGAGAGAGACAGACAGAGAGAGAGUGUGUAUGAGUGUGUGUGUGUGUGAGAGACAGAGUGUGUGUGUGUGUGUGUGUGUGUGUGUGUGACAGAGAGAGAGAGAGUGUGUGUGUGUGUGUGACAGAGAGAGAGAGUGUGUGUGUGUGUGUGUGUGUGUGUGAGAGAGAGAGAGAGACAGUGUGUGAGUAUGAGUGUGUGUGUGUGAGAGAGAGAGAGAGAGUGUGUGUGUGAGAGACAGAGUGUGUGUGUGUGUGUGUGUGUGUGUGAGAGAGAGUGUGUGUGUGUGAGAGACAGUGUGUGUGUGUGUGUGUGUGUGUGAGAGAGAGAGAGAGAGACAGAGUGUGUGAGUAUGAGUGUGUGUGUGUGUGUGUGUGAGAGAGAGAGAGUGUGUGAGAGACAGACAGAGAGAGUGUGUGAGAGUAUGUGAAAGUGUGUGUGUGAGAGAGGGACAGACAGCGAGAGAGUGUAUGUGAGAGAGUGUGAGAGAGAGACAGACAGAGUGUGAGUAUGUGAGAGAGAGACAGACAGAGUGUGUAUGUGAGAGAGAGACAGACAGAGAGUGUGUGUGAGUAUGUGAGAGAGAGACAGACAGAGAGAGAGAGAGAGUGUGUGUGUGUGUGUGAGAGAGAGAGAGAGAGAGUGUGUGUGUGUGUGUGUGUGUGAAGUCUCUCAAACAUAAGUGACAAGCUGUGAUCAGAUCAGAUCAGGACGGAUGAAGUUCAGUUCACAGAACUCCGACUGCACUGCACUGGGUUUUGCUGGGGUGUUUGUUUGUUUUUGUUUUUUUCUUUCAAACCUGAGGAGUUGAAACCGGUGUGUUAGAGAAGGAAAAGUGCACUGAAUGGGUGUAGAGGUGGCUGUGUGAGAAAACAGGAGUGAUGUCGCGCUCUCUCUUCCCACGUCUGCUUUGUCUGUCAGCUCUGUUGCCCUUCCUGUGUGCGCAGGAACUCAAAACCACAAGAUGGCCGCUCUACUCCCAGAAGCCUCUCUUGCUGGUGUGGAACGCGCCGACGGAGGACUGCACCCCGCGGCACCGCGUCAGUCUCCCGUUUGAGCUCUUUGAUAUCGUGGCGUACCCCACCGAGGGCUUUGUGCGCCAAAACCUCACCAUCUUCUACAAAGAUCGUUUGGGGCUGUAUCCUUAUUACGACAAUAACGGCAUUCCCGUGAAUGGCGGCCUGCCGCAGCUCGCUAGCCUCGCACAGCAUUUAGAGAAAAUUCCCAGAGAACUCCAGAAAUACAUCAACGAACCCUCGGCUAAAGGGCUGGCCGUGUUCGACUGGGAAGAAUGGAGGCCGCUCUGGAUCCGUAACUGGAACGCCAAAGAUAUCUACCGUGAACAAUCCAAGAAGCUCAUACAAGAGAAACAUCCUGAUUGGACAGCUGAACAUGUGACCAAAGUGGCUCAGCAGGACUUUGAGCUUUCUGCGCGAAAGUUCAUGCUGGAGACGCUGCGCACAGCAAAAAGCCUCCGCCCCCAGCAGCUCUGGGGUUUUUACCUGUUCCCUGACUGCUAUAAUCAUGACUACGUCACCAGCAGCGACCUGAAGAGCUACACGGGUCGCUGCCCGGAAGUGGAGGUGCAACGUAACGACCAGCUGCAGUGGCUAUGGACCGAGAGCACGGCACUCUUCCCGUCUGUGUAUUUGGGCCGCGCACUGAAGGACCAGUCCGUUGGCCGGCAGUUCGUCAGGAACCGUGUCCGAGAGGGAAUGAGGCUGGCAUCGACGGGGAACGGCACUGCACGGCCUGUGUUCGUCUACACUCGACCCACCUACAAUAACGAGCUCACGCUGCUCACUGAGAUGGAUCUGAUCUCCACUAUAGGUGAAAGUGUGUCUCUGGGAGCCGCCGGUGUGAUCCUGUGGGGCGACGCCUCCUACGCCAGCAGUAGUGAAAGCUGCUCCAACCUGAGGGAGUACCUCCGCUCCGGCGCCCUCGGCCACUACCUCCUCAACGUUUCCUCGGCAGCCAAGCAGUGCAGCGCGCAGCUGUGUGGAUGGCAUGGACGUUGCCUGCGCAGACACCCGGACACAGACACCUACCUGCACCUGAGUGCUCGCACGCACACACUGGAGCUGCGGGGGGGUCAGCUCACCGUGCGCGGAAAGAUGGACCAGAAGGAGCUGUCCAAGCUAAAGGAGGACUUCCAGUGUCAGUGCUACACCGGCUACAAGGGUGCGACGUGCUCGGAGAGGGCAUCCGGAAACAGAGCAGGUCUCAGCCUGCAGGGGGCGCUAGUGGUGAUGCUGAUGCUGACCUUUCUGGAGUGACCAAAAAUCAACCUGCUGUGCUAAUGCGAAUAGAGGAACGGGGUGGACAAAACAGAAGCUGAACAGAAGAGACGCCUUGUCUGCUGCUUUACAGUGAGCAUUAGUUUAGUGCUGCCCCCUGCUGCACAGCACCAUGAACUACACAAGGACAGAAGUGAGAGGUUUAUGAUCUGCAGUGAUGGUUUCCAUUCUGAUGCAUCUUUUCCACUUGCACAGAGACCAAGCUGGUUCAGGAAACCUAAACCCACUUUUCCACCAGUCUGAGACGGCCCUGAUGCACAUCUGGUCCUAUUGAACAUCACACAGCACAGCAACUCGAGGUCUUUAUUUGAAUCAUGUCGCUGCUCAGAGAAAGCUUUGUUUGCAUGAGAAUUCGUUAUGCAUCUUCCCAUCCACUCAAACAUUUCUGUAUCUCCAGACUUUAGAAUGUCGUCAUGUUCGUUUAAAGUACAUCAGAUGUUCAGGAGCGUUAGAGAGGGCACAAUGAAAUUAAAAUCUGACGGAUUCAUUUGGGGGGAAAUCCCAAUAAACCUUCUUCAGAAUAUUAAUCUUACCUUUUAGUCACUAAUCUCCAAAUUCUUCUUGCACUGGGGCGUUUUAUAUAUAUAUAUAUAUAUAUAUAUAUAUAUAUAUAUAUAUAUAUAAAAAACAUUUUCCAUUUCAGCAGUUGUCUGAUCCCAGAACCAAACUGGUUUUAUUGGCUGUCUUCAGCGGUGGAAAAGUGGGCAGUGGUUCCAGAUUCGGCUCGCUGCACUGGCAGGAAAACGGCAUGAGGAGAGAUGAGGAGAGGAGUCGUGUCAGGAGAGAGAGGACCUCCAUGCUGAGGAUAAGAAACGCAGAAUAAAUUAGAGCUGGGUGAUGACUGAAAGUUCCGUGAUCUUCAGUUCGAGAGCUGGAUCUCUGUAAUGGAGUGACUGACUCCACACCUCACCUGUGUAAAAGAAUUAUUCAUCAUGAUCAUCACAUGGUUCAUAUUGCAGUAUUUUAUAAUCCUCGCCCAGCUCGAAUGUAGUUGUGACUUGUCGUGAGUGAACUGGAGACUUUUUUUUCUUCUUCCCCCUGAAACCCAUGUGCAUCCUUUAACUAUUAAACCUUUAGAACUUUUUGGUAAAGUGCGGAACGCUUCCUGUACUGUGAACGCGCUGUGCACGUCACACGUGUUGAUCUCUGUGUUGCGUAUGAUGCCUGUCUGCACUUUUUCAGCUUUAAUCUGUGGUGGUGGCAUUGCAGAUUUAAAGAUGAAAUGACACACGACGUCCUUUUGAACAAAGACAAAACAAGCAGACGCAAGAUAAAAUUCACCCAAAGCCUCGGUCUGAUGUGGAACCACUGCUGGAUGGUGUGACGUGAACAUUUCACACAGUCCUCAUGUACCAAAGCACGAAGGUGGAGUCGUCAGCCACCGUCUCGUUUAUCAUGUGGAGCAAACUGGAAGUUUUAAGUGCCAUUUGUUUUGAAAGUGUGGGGUUUUUUUUUUCUUUAAAUCUGUGUUUAAUCUAAGAACUAAACUCUGUAUUAUGCAAUAGUUUCCAGCGUUACCGUGUUUUCUAGACUACAUGACUCGUUCUUUGCCUUUUAUCACAUACUGUGACGUUUACCGUUCACUGCCAUGUUGCACCGUGCCUGUGUGUGUGUCUUGAGUUUGAGGAGAUAUUCUACCAUUCACAUGGUGCUACUGUCACACUGAAAGUAAGUGCAUCUUAAAUCUGAGCAUCUGACGUGUUGUCCGGAAAACACGGUAAUCUCACUAAGGGCCUUCGCUUUACACUUGAUAUAAAGACCAAAUCCUGCAUGCUGUUGGUUUUUUGUUGUUGUUUGUUUUUCCCCCUCCCCCACUGGAAGCGGUUUAGUUUGAGUGUGUUAAAGUGCAUUCUUUAUAUCACUGAUAAACUUAUUUUUAUAAAUAUACGUUGGUGCAAAUUCAAAUGUUUGUAGUGUGACAUUUCUUAUUUUCUAAUAAAUCAGUGAUUUCAGGGCUGGGAUUUGAUGAGA